ACCGUUCGAUGGCUAGGUGAUAGCACGCUUCCAUGGCAGUUUCAGACGCUGCCGGGAAAAGGUAAAGUGCGCCUUAAAGUACUUUUUGUGGAGGAAGUUUUUACAAAACGGAUAAUCUAUUGUUCCUUUCACUUUUCCUUAUUGCAUUUCAAGCUCAAAGCUCUAAUACUGAAAACUAAGCAACUUAUCCUAUGGCCAGCUUGUUGCUCCGAAAUGCCGUCUUGACCACGAUCCUGUGUUAUAUACAUGCGCAAAGUGGCUAUUACAUACCACAGCAAGCAGCUGCUAUUAAUCAGUAUCCUGUCCAGUCCUAUCAACAACCUCAGAGCUAUGCUGUUCCACAAACCUACCAAACAGCGAGGAGGUCCGAUACGUGCAGCCACCAGCCAGGGGCAACUUGCAUGUUUGUCUUGUUGUGCCUCAUGGGAGGGGGCGUGUCAGCCGGAUCCUGCUCUGAAGGCCUCCUUUCUACCUGCUGCAUACGACCCGCCCAGAUGAUGCCUGCUCCGAAACCCGUUCGACGAUGGCCCCCACCCGUUGUGUCCCAAGUGCAGAGCGCUCAGAACUUUCAGGGGAAGGAAACAGUAGUGACAGAACUGCCUGUCAUCAAGACUACGAAAUCGCCAAGCAAUAUUACCUUUUGUGGGAUUACUCAAGCCAAACCACAGAGCAGAAUUAUUGGUGGCAAUGAUGCGAUGUAUGGUGAAUUUCCUUGGCAGGCUCAUAUUAAAUUAAAUCGGCAGCAGUGUGGUGGAGUCUUGCUCAACAACUAUUAUGUACUUACUGCAGCUCAUUGUAUUUAUCAAGUACGGUUACCAGAGAUCACUGUACAGCUUGGCGUGUACGACAUCCAGGACCACAGUCGACAGGAUUACGCCCCUCAAACUUUCUCUGUCGUGGAGAAGAAAAUUCAUCCAAAGUUCAAGUACCAAGCAGCGCAUCCAGACAGAUAUGAUGUAGCUUUGUUGAAACUAAACAAAGCGGUCAGAUACCAAGAAAAUGUUGUGCCUAUUUGCUUGCCUAGGAAAGACUGGAAUUUCCAAGGAUGGAAAGGAAUCAUAACCGGCUGGGGAAAGACUGAUGCUGGCUUGAGUAACCGCUAUGGCACCAGACUCUUGCAAAAAGUGGAUGUACCCAUCAUUACCAACGAUCAGUGCGAAACCUGGCAUCGUGAGAAAGGAAUAGACAUCACGAUCUCUCCUGAGAUGAUGUGCGCUGGAUACGAAGAAGGGAAGAAAGAUGCAUGCGUCGGAGAUUCCGGAGGCCCAUUAAUAGUAAUGGUCCAAGGCAGAUGGACUGUUGUUGGCCUCGUGUCAGCUGGUUUCGGAUGUGCCCAAAGUCGACAGCCUGGCAUCUACCACAGAGUGCCUCACACAGUUGAGUGGUUGAAAGAGAAUAUAACAUCAUAACACAGAGCCUUUUUUUAACUACAAACAUGACUAGCAUGUUUUUAAUACUCACGAUAAAUCAUUCCAACUGUGAUCUCUAAGAACUGCGAUUUGAACAUGAUACGCAACAUUUUAGAUUCUUUUUUACUGUGUGUGUUUUUAAUGUUGUACAAAGUACUGUAUAAUAGCCAUGUAGCAAAUCUGCCAUUUUAUACCCCGACUCGGAGAUUUUUGUCUUGAACUCUACAUGAGAUGAAUCUCGAAGAAUGUUUUACUGUCAAAGUGUAUAUAUGUACAGAAGCAUUGCAUUUUAUCGCCAUACGUGUUUCUCUUUAAUUUUAUUUGUUGUUGAAGAAUGUUGAAAUGUGUACAGAACACAAAUGUUGAACAUUUGUAAAGACUAUUUUAGUAAAUAAAAGAAUUUUAAUAUUU